UUAUGGUAGUCCUCAGGUUUCUGGGUAUAACUGUGAAACAACAAAUGUUUUAUUUGAAAGAAGCAGAGAGAAGUUAACACUGUUCCAAAAAUGUUAUAUGUACCUUAAGCAUGGGUGUGAAUGGCAUUGGGGAUUCAUAGUGGAUGGUAGGCAGCGUGACGUCACAGUCUGAACCGGAAAGGGGUCAACAAAGAGGCGCUCGCAGACUGCUCAUGCUAGUACUGCAUAUUUUUUGCCCGUUUAUCUCAAGGAAAAAAAAAAUAUGCCGAGUAAACACUGCUGCUAUGGAACUUGCAGAAGCGACUCCAGACACUACGAUCGUCCACAUAUGAAGGAUGUAUUCUUUAUUCGUUUUCCGAAGCCAAAAACUCAGAAGGAUAAAUGUGAACGAUGGGUCAGCUUGUGCGGACGUCCAAAAGACCAAUUUAACGCUAGCAAGGUGAAGCCUUUCACCUUCAUAUGUAGUAAACAUUUCGUUGGGGGACAUGGUCCUACAGAUGACAACCCCGAUCCCUUGCCGGCCACUGCUUGCCCCGAAGAGAUUGAACCUAUUAUAAGGCGCAAAAGAAAAGCACCAACACCGAAGCCAUUCGCAAGCAAAUCUGCAACGAAAAGAAUCAAAGUGCUGGACUCAGCCAAAACCGAUCUCGACGCAGCAAACAUCCUGUUGGAUCUCAGUAUGAUCUCACCUCUAGAUGCUACUGACACAGAACGAUAUAGAACUAACUCUGUGGGGAUUCAAACAGAAGCUCUGGAACCUUGCUCCAAAUGUUCAAAAGUGAUGGUGGAUGUUGGCUGUCAGACAAUAUAUGACAGAUACACGUUGAAGUCCAAGAUUGAAAACAUCAUUCUAAAGAAUGAAGCAGCCAUAUCAAGAUCCAGGCCUUCCUCUCCUAGUAUGCCACCAAGUGAUCACCAACCUGAAGAUGAGGCCCUCUUGACUUUGGAUGAUGUAAAAGGAGAAAAAUGAAGACUUACACCUCCUGGUCUUGUUCAACUUCCUCAGCCCAGUAGUGAAUAACCUUACUUACCGGAACAAUACUGGCGAAAGUGAGCGGAGUUCAGCAAAAAAAAAAAAAAAAAACAGAGAAAGACAAAAAUGAAUCAAGGAACUUUUCAUGACCCUUGUUAGACUAUGUCAUGGCUACAUUGAGACACAUUUGAACAAUGGGACAUAUUAGAGCAUUUACAUCUUGGUGAUCUUCUGUUAGUUGAUUAUGGCUAAAAUUUACUCAUGUUAAGACAGGUAAAGAUAAACAGUCCUACAUUUUUGUAAAGUAAGCUCACACCUCAAGAGGAACUUCUGAAUAGAAAAAUAGCGAAGGCAUGUAUUCAUAUAGCGCAGUAUAACAACAAUAUUAAACAUUUUUAAUUGAUCUCUGGCACGAUUCCCUUGUCUCUAACGCCACUGGCAAGUCAAUCUGUCUUUGUUGCUUGUUGUCUUGUUACCUUUCAAGAUCAGUUA